AUGGCCACGCUCCAGUGGCUCCUGCGCGAGACCUUCGAGCCCGACCUCUUCACCGAGGCGACCCAGCUCGACGGCGACGUCGUCGAGGUGGGCCCGAGGCUCGCGUUUCAGUCCGCGUGGUCCACCAACGCGGUGUCCAUCUGCCAGAACACCGGACUCGGCAAGGUGACCCGCCUGGAGCGGUCCAGGCGCUACUCCCUCGUGCCCGCCGCCGGUAAGUCGAUCGACGAAAGCGCCAAACUCGCGUUCGCCUCGCUCGUCCACGAUCGGAUGACCGAGUGCGUCUACGACUCCCCGCUGGCGACGUUCACCACCGAUGCCGUCCCGGAGGAGGUCUACACCGUUCCGGUCCUCGCCGAGGGCAGGGCGGCGCUCGAGAAGGUGGACAAGGAGAUGGGACUCGCCUUUGACGAGGAGGACUUCGACUACUACCUCACGCUCUUCAGGGACGACAUCGGCCGCGACCCGACCAACGUCGAGCUCUUCGACAUGGGCCAGUCCAACAGCGAGCACUCGCGCCACUGGUUCUUCGGCGGUAACCUCAUCGUCGACGGCGUCCCCCAGCCCAAGAGCCUGUUCAAGAUGGUCAAGGAGACGAUCGAGGGCGAGCGCGGACACAACUCGACGAUUGCGUUCAAGGACAACUCCUCUGCCAUUCGAGGAUUCGUCAACACGCCGCUGAGGCCCGUCAACGCGGGCGGCCCGUCCCCGCUCGCGCCCCGCAUGGUCGACCUCGACCUCCUUCUCACCGCGGAGACGCAUAAUUUCCCCUCGGGCGUCGCGCCCUACCCCGGCGCCGAGACUGGCGCGGGUGGACGCAUGCGCGACACGCACGCCACCGGCAUCGGCUCUUUGCUCACCGCGGGCACGGCGGGGUACUGCGUGGGUAACCUCCAGAUCCCCGACAACGUCCAGCCGCACGAGAACACCGACUUUACGUACCCGACCAACCUGGCGCCGCCGCUCCAGAUCCUCAUCGACGCGUCCAACGGGGCGAGCGAUUACGGGAACAAGUUCGGCGAGCCGCUCAUCGCGGGGUACUGCCGUUCGUUCGGUCAGCGUUUGCCCAACGGCGAGAGGCGCGAGUGGAUCAAGCCCAUCAUGUUCAGCGGCGGGUUUGGCCAGAUCGACCACAGCAACCUGGAGAAACAGGAAGGGGACGUCGGCAUGCUCGUGGUGAAGAUUGGCGGGCCGGCGUAUCGCAUCGGCAUGGGCGGCGGCGCGGCGUCGUCCAAGGCUGGCGGCGAGGACGAGGCGAACGCCGACCUCGACUUUAACGCGGUGCAGCGCGGGGACGCGGAGAUGUCCAACAAGCUCAACCGCGUCGUCAAGGCGUGCGUGGAGCUCGACGGGGGGAACCCGAUUCUCUCCAUCCACGACCAAGGCGCGGGGGGCAACUGCAACGUGUGCAAGGAGCUCAUCUACCCCAAGGGCGGCGAGCUCAACAUCCGAGCGGUGAAGCUCGGCGACGCCACCCUCUCCGUGCUCGAGAUAUGGGGCGCCGAGUACCAGGAGAACAGCGCGAUGCUCAUCGCGCCCGAGUCUUUGCCCGUCAUCGAGAAGAUUUGCGCGCGAGAGCGGUGCCCGUUUAGCGUCCUCGGCAGCAUCGACGGCAGCGGCCGCGUCAAGCUCGUGGACCCCACCGCCCCCGAGGGCUCCCCGAUCCCCGAGGACCUCGACCUCGAGAAGGUGCUCGGCGACAUGCCCAAGAAGACGUACGACCUCAAGCGCAUGGACCUCAAGCCCAAGGCUCUGGAACUUCCGGAGGGAACCGCCGCGUCCGACGCCCUCGACCGCGUCCUCCGCCUUCCGUCGGUGUGCAGCAAGCGCUUCCUGACCACCAAGGUGGACAGGUCCGUCACCGGGCUCGUCGCGCAGCAGCAGUGCGUCGGGCCGUUGCAGGUGCCCGUCGCGGACGUCGGCGUCAUCGCGCAGACCCACUACGGGAUCACCGGCGGCGCCACGUGCAUCGGCGAGCAGCCCAUCAAGGGCAUGGUCAACCCCAAGGCGAUGGCGCGAAUGGGCCUCGGCGAGUCCCUCACCAACCUCGUCUUUGCCAACACGACCGGCCUCAAGGACGUCAAGUACUCGGGCAACUGGAUGUACGCGGCGAAGCUUCCCGGCGACGGGGCGCACAUGUUUGACGCUUGCACCGCGCUCUGCGAGGCGAUGGGCGAGCUCGACGUGGCCAUCGACGGCGGCAAGGAUUCGCUCUCCAUGGCGGCCCGCGCCGGCGGCGAGGUGGUCAAGGCUCCCGGGUCCGUCGUGAUGUCCGGCUACGUCACCGUCCCGGACGUCACGAAGACGGUCACCCCCGAUCUCAAGCUCCUGGGAACCGGUGAGCUCAUGCUCGUGGAGUUUGGCUCCAAGGAGGGCAAGCGCAGGCUCGGCGGGUCCGCGCUGGCUCAGGCUUACGACCAGGUGGGCGACGACGCCCCCGACAUGGACGACCGCGCGUACUUCAAGAAGGCGUGGGAGGCGACCCAGUUCUGCGUUUACAAGCGGCUCAUCUCCGCGGGCCACGACGUGAGCGACGGCGGCGUCGUCACCGCGAUUCUCGAGAUGGCGUUUCCGCAUCCCGACGCGGGUGUCGACGUUACCCUUCCCAACGGCGCGACGAACGACCCGAUGGCCGCGCUCUUCGCCGAGGAGCUCUCCAUCGUCAUCGAGGUUGCCCCCGAGAACGUCGACGCCGUCAAGAAGGCGUACACCGACGCGGGCGUCACCGUCGUCUCCAUCGGUAAGACCACCGCCGACGGCGUCGCGUCCGUCAAGGUGGACGGCUCCGACGCGAAGAUUGAGGGAUCCGUCGCGGACUUUCGCGACGCGUGGGAGCACACGAGUUUCCUCCUGGAGCGCAUGCAGUCCUCCGAGGCGACCGUGGCGGCGGAGCAGACCGGGCUCCGCGACCGCAAGGCGCCCACCUGGAAGCUCACCUACGUUCCGGAGAAGACGGACAAGGCGAUCAUGGAAAAGACGGAUAAGGUCAAGGUUUGCAUCCUCCGCGAGGAGGGCACCAACGGCGAUCGCGAGAUGGGCGCGGCGAUUCACGCCGCGGGCAUGGAGCCGUGGGACGUGACCAUGUCCGACCUGCUCACCGGCAAGGUUCAGCUCAAGGAUUUCCGCGGCGUCGUUUUCUGCGGCGGCUUUUCCUACGCCGACGUCCUCGACUCGGCCAAGGGCUGGGCGGGCAGCAUCCGCUUCAACGAGUCCCUCUGGACCCAGUUCCAGGAGUUUUACAACAGGGCCGACACGUUCUCGCUGGGCAUCUGCAACGGGUGCCAGCUCAUGGCGCUCCUCGGAUUCGUCCCCGCCGAGGGCGGGCUGGGCGCCACCGUCGACGUCGAGCAGCCCCGUUUCAUCCACAACGACUCCGGACGCUUCGAAUCGAGGUGGACCACCGUCGGCAUCGAGGAGAACACCCCCGCGGUCAUGCUCCAGGGCAUGCAGGGCUCGCGCAUCGGCAUCUGGGUCGCGCACGGCGAGGGCAAGGUCAAGUUCCCCAACGAAUCACGCGUCCCCGACAUUUUAAAAUCGGGCCAGGCGUGCGUUCGAUACGUGGACCACGCCGGCGAGCCCACGACGCAGUACCCGCUCAACCCCAACGGCUCCCCGCACGGCAUCGCGGGCUUGUGCGACGCCACCGGCAGGCACCUCGCGAUGAUGCCGCACCCGGAGCGCGCGUACCUGGGCUGGCAGAUGCCGUGGGCCCCCGCGGAGGCGGGCAUCGCGCCCGACGGUCCCGGGCCGUGGAUGCGAAUGUUCCAAAACGCGAGGAUCUGGGCCGAGAGCUGCGAGGGGGAGCAGUGCGCGCAGUGA